AUGAUGAGUUUGAACUCCAUAAGAGCCAUGUUUGGAAGGUGGGCUAUAGCUGUGGAGAUGGACUCUCAGGGACAUUUGUUGCGUUCUCUUCAGGACCCAAAAGGCCCGGAGGUACCAGAAAAGGACAAAAAGAUAAUGGCUUCAUCCUGCCGCCUCCCUACGCUGCUCAUUGCUUGUGUGAUGUCUUCAUGCUCGCCGUCUGCCGUACCGCCGACAGGUGUCGUAAAAAACUCUCACAAAAACCGGAGAUUGUCUCUGCUAAAACUAAGCCAUCUGCUGCUAUUUUGACAGGUCAGUGUGGUCUGACAUUUCCGGUGAGCUCUCCGGUGACGUCACACAGGAUUGUGGGUGGACAGCUGGCUCAGAGGGGGGAGUUCCCCUGGCAGGUGUCACUCCGCUCCUACACAGCCCACAAACAACACACCUGUGGUGGGAUAUUGGUAGCCCCGGACUGGAUCCUCACAGCCGCCCACUGCUUCCAGGACAACCGUAACCCGUUCGCCUGGUCGGCCAUUGUGGGAGAGUACGACCGACUGGCCACCGACGGGCUGGAGCGUGUGCUCAAAGUGGAGACCCUCUACGUACACAGUGGCUUCUCUCAGAACGCCGGGAACGAUAUCGCCAUGCUUAAAGUUACACCACCCAUCAGGAACUACUACUCUCCGGGCGGAAGCUACAGCGCUCGUUACCUGCACAAGGUCAAUCUGCCCAUCCUGUCACGGGACACGUGUGACUUCCUGCUUGACCGACCUCUGACCUCUGGUGAACUUUGCGCCGGAUACAGACAGGGAGGUCAGGACGCAUGCCAGGGUGACUCAGGAGGUCCUCUGGUGUGUGAAGUGGGCGGGGUUUGGGCGGCAGUGGGCGUGGUCUCCUGGGGCUAUGGGUGUGGUCACGCCUACCUGCCUGGUGUCUACACAGACGUCAGCGCCUACAGAGACUGGAUCGACAGAGUUAUUUCCUACGGUGCCAGCAGUGGCAAGAGAGACGCGGCAGACAGCGGCUAUUACGUCAUUUGAGUCAGACGCAUAGAUGUCGCAAAAGAGCCAAAGAUCUUGA